AUGGGCAUUGGGAAUGGUGAUCCCAACGCGGCUGCAGACACACUCUUGUUUGCAUUUGUUAUCAGUGGCAUUGGUGGGACAGCAUUGAUGCUGCAGUCAUUGAAGCUUGCUUUCAUUGUUGCACCUCGUCACUUUGCUCUUGUGAUGGCCAUCGCCAAUUGUUUGGUGGAUGGGUCCUCCGUAGUGCCUUUGGGUUUGUAUCGGCUGUAUGUGGCUGGACUAUCUCGACAGUGGGUUUUCUCAGGCUAUGCUGUGCUGUGCUUCCUCCUGAGCAUGUGUUUGGCGGUAAGCUGGCACGGAGCGCCUAGUGCCAGACUCAGUGCCGCCAAUCGCAAGGAGUCUGCAGCGGCUACCAGCGAAGCAGAAGGUCUGUGCCCAAGACUGCAUGGCCUAACAGUGAGACAGCAACUGCCAACAAUCGAGUUUGCCUUUGCCGUCACGUUCAUGGUGACACAGGUCUUUCGAAGCAAUGCAUAUCUCGGCGUAAUCAAAAGUCUCCUCCAAGGUCUGGGUGAUGAUGAGAAUGUGUACAUGCAGAUUUUGACCAUCUCACUUCCAGCAUCAACUCUUUUUGUUUGCCUCUUUGACAUGAGCUUAAAGAAAGGUGGCUUUGCAUUCACCUUCUUCGUGGUACUGUUUCUUGGCUUGACCUGGAAUAUUACUAUGCUGCUUCCAAGCCUUCCUUUGCAAGUGCUUGGUUUUGCAGCUUUCACAAAUUUCCGUGGCCUCCUCUUCGCCUCAUUCUUCACCUUUGUUGGGCACAGCUUCGGAAACCGGACAUUUGGCCGAAUCAAUGCUUUGCUCUGGUUCUGUGCCGGCAUCCUAUCUCUACUUGUCCAUCCUUGUGUGGAGAUUUCCAAGCAAUGGACUGGAGACCUUGUGGCGAUGAACAUUUUCAUGCUGGCAUUGUGCCUGGCUUGCACAACGUAG